AUUACAGUCGUUCGUGAACACUUUCCGGCGACGUUCGUUCAUCGGCCGAUUUACGUCGAACGUAAAACUUUUCACGUGCGUUUUCAUCAAGUCAUUUAUUCUUUUGACUUUGCUUGUUUGCCCGUUUGAUUGGCACACAGGCAAAUUUAUGAAUCGAACAAGUUUCUGUACGUGCAUCUUUCUUUUUCUCUCGUGCAAUGUCGAUACUGUGACGAGAUCAGUUAUGAUCGAUUAUGUGCUCUCACGUACGAAUAAAGUUAGAGCGGUUGUCACGCUCAUUGAAAUAUUUCAUAAUUAAAGAGCAAGGCAUAUCGAGUUAAAUUUGUUCUACGUGGGCAGUUUUCUCGCUUUUAUCUCGUGUUCAUGACCUUGAUAAAAGAUAAAUAGAUAUAUACGUGUGUGCCUAUAUAUAUAUAUAUAUGUAUGUAUGUAUCUAUAUAUAUAUAUAUAUAUAUACAUAUAUGUAUAUAUAUAUAUAAAGAGAGAAAGAGAGAGAGAAAGAAAGAUCGCGAUGCAUUUUAAAUAUGCGCGCCCGCAAAAGGUGAAUGCCUUCUGAUCAUUCAAGAAAGACAAGGAAGCACAAUUUUCUCGAUUCAAUUCGUUCUAUGUUUAAUGUAACUUCCAAGAGUGUCAAGGCUGUGAAUGAAUAAUAGCAUUUUCGAAAGUUUUUUUUCUAUGUCGCCUAUCGAUCUGCGAGCACGAUAUAUCCUCGCUUGGUCAUAUCUAAAUUUACUGCAUCGUAAACAACAACAAGGUGGUAGUCGAGACACAGAAAGGAUUGCAUCUAUCUCUUCUCGCAAGAGAUUUGUUUCUCAAAAAGUAUUCUUUUACAACGAGUUUAUUGAAGAUAAUUAACGUAUAAUACAUCUGGAUAAACAACUAUAAGUUUGACUCGAUGAAGGUAUCGAUGUGGACUAAUAACCGUGAGGUUGAAGAUUAACGAUCGAAUUGAUAUUGACAUUGUGAGUAAGAAAGAGAGAAAGAAUAAGAAGAAGAAGAAGAAGAAGAAAAUACCUUGUAAAAGUGAUAAAAUAUGAAGAGAGUUAACUUGCCUCAGAACGAAAACGAGACAGGUUCGGUCGACGCGACGGAUUUGCAAGAAAAAAUGAGGAUGAUCGAUGUAAAAUCUUCCUCACCUACGAGUCUCUUAGCAAAGAACACUCUGUUGCUACCGAGCGGAGUCGUUUAUGUAAAACAAUUAUCCAAUGUAAGUUCGACGAGCGACACUGGAUCGUCCACGAAGUCUUCUGGCUCGGCAACUGGUAAUCCAAGAAAUAAGACAGCCUUAGCACCGGGUCAUAGUGUCAUGGACUGGAUUCGAUUAGGUAAUUCUGGAGUCGACUUAACCGGAGUUGGUGGUAUUCCACGUACUGUCACGUUAACCGAGUUGGCUAAUCAUAAUAAGCAAAAUGACGCUUGGAUCGCAAUAAGAGGUAUCGUUUUCAACGUGACCCGUUACAUGGAUUUUCAUCCUGGCGGAAUCGAUGAGCUAAUGAAAGGAGUUGGAAAAGAUGCUACGAAAUUGUUCGAUAACGUUCACGCGUGGGUAAAUUAUCAAAGUCUUCUACAGAAAUGCGUCGUAGGUAGACUGAGUCGUCCCUCCACUUCGAACCUGUCCAAGGCGAAUGAAAAAUCUUCCGUUGCGAACGACUUGAAAAGUUGCACAACGCAAAGAAAAAGCGAAGAAGAAAUCGGUUUUGAUCUUUCGAAAAUGAAGAUGGAUUGGCGGCAAACUUCGAACACGAUAACGCUCUUUUAUCAAACGAUAAACGACUAUCAAGGUAUCUACUAUCGUAUAUCAAGGAUAAACGAUGCCAAGCUCGUUUUUAAUCUCUCCUUUGAAAAGGAUAUCGUUAUACACGAACUCGAGUUGGCCGGGGAAAUCGAAUGGCCACCUGCGUGGAAUAGAAACUAUGAAAGCAUGGAAGUAGACUUUACCUUCAGGAAAAAAGAUAAAACUUUAUGGAAAACUCAAGGUAAUCAUACUUUAUCCAGAGAACCAAUAACCAACAAGAGGACUUACAAAGAAUACGAGGUAUUAAGUAACACGUCCCUUUGUAAAUUAGUUCAUCUGUUGGUUCUACGAGCUAAAGAUUCUUUAGAAUUAAUACCAAUUGGUAGGCACCUGGAAGCAAAAAUGAAAAUCGCAGGUGUUGAGAUUUCUAGAUACUAUACACCUGUACCAGCCUGUCUUCAUCCAGAAGACAUGGCACCGAAUUAUACGUCAGAUUGUAUCUGUCUCAUGAUUAAACAAUACGAAGACGGUGCUCUCAGUCCAUCCAUAACAGCUUUAAAUGCCAAAGAAAAGCUUACUUUGAGCAACGGUCUUGGUGUCUUUGUCGUCGAAUCCUUUGAUCGUUAUUCGGUCGUUCAUAUGUUGGCUGCUGGCACAGGACUAACGGCAAUGUUGGGAAUAAUUCAACGAUCUCUUGCCAGGCGUAACGUGAAAAGUAUCAAUCUCGCCAACUUCAAUAAAGACGAAGAUAACAUGUUCUAUGUAGAGCAAUUGGAGAGAGCUUGCAAGGCAAAUAAAUUGAAAGUUACGCAUAUUUUGUCGCAACCAAGUGAUUCCUGGAAAGGUAGACGUGGUACGAUAUCCGAUGAACUUUUGAAUGAAUUAAUAGGCAACUGUUCACCGCAUAGUUGUGUCUUCGUUUGCGGUCCUAAAGGAUUCCUAGUUUCUUCAAGAAAAUGUCUCCGUAAUCUUGAUUGGAAGGCCUAUCAAAUGUACGAAUUCGACGAUUAAAAUUAUCUUAAAACUCGUUUAUAUUUUAAGCUUGAUCGAUGAAGAAAGCUGAAAAAGUCUGCGUUUAAUUAUUUAUUAUAUAAAUUCUCUCUACGAGUAGUCGAAUAUUGGGAUAUUGAGAAAGUUAUAUAUUAUCCAUCCCAUAUGAAACUAUUACAUAAAUAAUAGAGUUUAUUAUCCUGAAUAAGAAAUUCAGUUGAUAUACAAAAAGAGGUACGCUUGAAAAAGUACUUGUUGAAGGAUUAAACCAAACUUAAUUAUACGAAUUUUGCCUGCCUUGUAUGAGCCGGUUUAGUACAAAGAAGAAAAAAAAAAAUUUUUUAAAGUCUCUCAUUCGGUCAUUAUAUACAUCAUUAAUAUUUGCCAAGAGAAUUGCGAAUGAGAUACGUUAUUUUGAAUGUUCGUACUUAGAUUCGAUAUAUGUAUAGGUUUAGAAAAAUAUUUGUAUUUGAAAAGUCUAUUGAUUAUAUUUUCAAGAGAAGAUUAUUUAUAAUCUUCUAAUUAUCUUAUCUCACGUAUAUCAAUGUUAAGCAAAUUUUAGUACAAUUAUUACUUAUAUUUUAUUAAGUCUGUAAGUGCUCUACUAUCGUCGUUGUUAACAAUACUUCCAUCCAUAUCUGUCCUGUCUUAAGCAUUUAUAUACAUACUAUAAGUGGAAAAACGUAUAGAAUAUUUUUUUCUAUAUUUUAAAAAUAAUAUCUAAGUUUAACGUAAACAAAUUCUUUGGCUACAUUCCUCUUAUCUAAAAUCUAUUGUAAGUUUUAUCAAUGAUAUGCCAUCCUCUUCGAAGUACCGUUUUAUUAAACAAUAUUUUUACACUACGCAAAAGAAACCGACUAUGAAUUAUAAUAACCUAUAAUUCAAUCUUAGCUGUGAUUAAAACGAAUUAAAUUAAUGUGAUCCAUUAUCAAAGAAAGUCUUUAAAGUAAACAAAUCUAAUGACGAAGAGUAUUAUACAGCAUUAACAACAUUAACGCGAUAUUUUUGGAUUUGUCAAUUGCGAAGUACAACAGAUUUUUCGCGAGACUACUAUUACAUAAUUUUCUGUUAAUUACUUCGAGUAUGGAUGAUAAUUAAUAUGACUCAUUGUAAAUAGCAAAAAAAAGAAUCAUCGUACGUUAUCGACAAAAAACAAGAAAAAGAACAAAGAAUUAUAUCACAUUCACUAUUUGACAUUUCUUGAAAAUAUUAGCUCGUAAGAACUGUUUGUACCAUAAAUCCACAUAUCGUACGGUCCAGUUUAUGUAUUUUUAUGAGUUUAAUGAUAUUAUAUGUGUAUACGAUUCUUAUAGAAAAUAAAAAUGUACUCAAUAGUCUAACAUUUAUUUAUAAAUCGUCCAUUCAUUUCCCCUCCUCCUUUCACAAUUAAUUACAGUGUACGAAAAUUGCGAUCGAAGAGUAUACUUGCAGAGAUCUUGUUUAUCUCGUACCGUAUCAAAGCGUACUACUAUUUGUUGAUCUCUCGAUGCUACCACAUGUAUACUUUCUAUUAAAUUCUCAAAAAGUACAAAAUAAAAGAGAAAAUAGAGAGAAUAUUCAUUAACGUAAAGAACAUUACAAAUGCAGGUGGAAACGAUCGAUAAAUAGCAAAUAUCGCAGCGUAGUAAUGAAAAUGUGAUAAAUUUGAAUUUGUACAAUUGGAUUGAUUCAAAAAAUCGAUUAAUUAUGAUUUAGUUUUUUUGCAGAGAGAGAAGAGAGAGAGAGAGAGAGAGAGAGAGAGAGAGAAACUCUGUUUAAAGACAUUUCGCGGGAUAGAAAAAAUAUAUGUAUAGUUUUCUCUUUUUCCCAUUCCGGCAAGAGGGAAAACUUUUCACAAGCGUGAAACUUUCACGGCCGAGUUAAUUUUCCGGUAUGCUUAUAUACAUAAAUAUAACACACACGCGUAUACAGAGACGACACACACGCGUCUACACAGUGAUUAUUGAUCGUCGUAACUUCUUUUUCCCGCAAUAUGACGUAACGAGAACACCGGCUGGGCAAAGACGAAUGUCUUUUGGCUUCGCGUUGGUAAAAGAAGAAAAAUGCGUUGCGGCUUCGACAGCAAAAGUACCAGUAGGAUCAUUUAUGUCGACUAUACGCCGCAGCAUCCUUUCUGCCGCGCUUGGCCUUGAGGAUCCAGACGAUCAUCGGACGAUCAUCGGUUAUAAUAUAACCGAUAAAUAGAGAAACUAAAAUACAAUUUUUUGCAAAUAGAGAAACUGAAAUGUCAUGUUUUCUGACAGAUAAAACUUAGUUAAGUAUCUACAAAUAGAAUCUAACGAGUCAACGAUCGAGAGAGGCGGUUCUUGAAAUAAUGAUGAAGAUGAGGAAAGUCAUGAAGGAUCCUUCCUUAAGAGGGAUCUUUCGAUUCGAAUUAAGAUCCUUCCUUUCCUUCGACUCCUUUCUCUUAGAUUUCAUUAUCGUUCGCCGAAUUAUUCUAAUAAUCUACCAGGCGCGCUGGAACUAAAAUGAAUUAGAGAAGUUUCUCAGACGAAGUUCUAUGCUUAAUUUUUUCUUAAAAGAACAAGAGAGAGAGAGAGGGAGAGCGGGAGAACGUUUCUAAUCAAACCGUCGCUUCAAAAGAUUUUCUUAUGCAUUAUGAAUUAUAAUAAAUGACGUCGUGCUGUUAAUAAUCAGUUUACAUAAUUUAUUAUUCGAUAACAAUUGUUUCAUUGAAGGCUAUCGAUAUGUAUAUAUGUAUGUAGCGUUAUCGGACCACGAUGCUUUUCACUUAAAAAUCUAUAGCGUGACGCUCUUCCGUUCCGUUGCAUAGCGUUGGUUGGUGCCGAUUGAAAACUCGCGAAGGAAUAACAAUGGUUGAGAUUUUUUUCUCGAGGCCAAGAUAUUUCCCACUAUCGAGAUUUUUUCUACUCCUGCUAUACUUUUUUUCUUACUUUUUUUUUUUUUUUUUCUUUUUAUUUUCUAACGAGAGAGAGAGAGAGAGAGAGAGAGAGGGAGAGAGAGGGAGAGAGAGAGAAAGAAAGAGAAACGAUUAAAAGAACUUUUCUAUACGAUAUGCACGGUUUCGAAUCAGCUUCCAAGUGAAACUCGUUCGGCGUUUGUUUGCCUGGUUUAUUCGUGAGUGAAAUCUAAAUACGAUGUAUAAUAUAUGUACGUGGUAUACAUGCGAACAACUUGCAAACAUAGAGAUAUAUAUGUUUACUAUUUUCUACCUUAUCAUCGCGCAUGCAAAUGGCGAAACAUAAUACUAUUUACAGGAGAAUUAAUCCUGGCUUCUGCUCGGCCAGCAUCACCGCUGGACCCAUGUCGAAUACUGUCUUUAUCGAUCGAACAAUGCAUCGCAAUGCGGUGAAUGGUGCUUAAGCAUUGUUCAAGUCUUGGAAGAGAAUAUCGAUCGUUUCUAUUCUUCUAUCGUGAUUAAGAUAGUACAUCCACCUCUUUUUUUUUAUGCGGAAGUAACUUUCGAAAGAUAGAUAGAAAGUGAGAUAGAGAUAGAGACAAAAAGAUGAAAAAUCAGAAGUAAAGAAAAUGUUAUGGAUACUUUCUCGCAUAAUAAGAUGGAAUAAGAGUAGAUGGAGUAAAUAUAAAACCCGACCUUUCCUUCUUAUUUCUCUCUCUCUCUCUCUCUCUCUUUCCCUCUCUUUCCCUCUCUCUCUUUGCCUCUCUUUUCUCAGCAUCCAAAUAUAAAGAAGUAUCCCUUUGCCGUUCGAGCCGUUUUUAUGAAAGUCUGUCUCCUCUUCUUUUUCUUAUUUUUCUUCCUUUCUUUUAUUUUUUUUCUCUUUUCUUUUUCUUCUUGCACCUUUCAUUAUGCUACAUUACGCGUUACGCCUGAGGACGGAAGAUGCAUCCUUAACUCGUUUUCUCUUUCUCUCUCUUUCUCUCACUUUUCUUAAGACGAAAGGCUUUUAUUUAACGGAAAGCGUUAAUUUCAUUUUCCGGCUCGAAAAACGAGUCCUUCGUUUGCUUUCCGUUUUCUCCCUCUUCUUUUUAUUUUUCUCUAUUAAAAGCGCGAACUAGGUAAUCUCAAUGUAUAUCAAUGUUCCGUCGAAAACUGUGAUCGAUAAUUAAUCAAAUGGAUGUGCGCUCUGUCGCAAUCUCUUGUCAUUUUUUUAAUCCAUUUAAAAAAGUAGCAACGGCUAGUAGAGUGUUGUUAUUCAAUUGAUUAUAGUUUGCUUUUUGUGUUCUGUCCGAAGAUGAUUUUUUUUUUUUUUUUUUUUUUUUUUGAUGGCAUGGAGGAAAAUUGAUAUAAGGGAUCGAGGAAGGCCAAGAAGAAAAGCUUCUUUGACGCGGCAUCUAAUCCUAAUCUCCUUUUAAAUCUAUCAUAAGUCGUACGACCUCGCGCGCGUCUUGGAUUUAUGAGGUUCGCUCGCGGACGUUCGAGGUGUGCUAAGUAGAAAGAAAAAAAGAAGAAAAGAGAAGACAGAAGUAGGGUUAAAAGAACACGGUCACGUGGCACCGUGAUUGAAUAAAUUAAAGAGCUCGUAUUUUUUUUUUUUUUAUCGAAUUAUUUAUCCACGAGUAAAAAGAAAUAUUUAAUAAAACAGGAACAAGAAAACGGAGUAAUUAAAUGGCUUUUGGACAUCUUUACUUUUCUUUCCGAGAUAGUACGCCACUGCAUAUUACUAUGUAAUUUUUGUAAAUUUUAACUUGUUUUUAUUUUUCUUUCUCUCGCAUAUUUAGCAACGGUUUAUUAAGAUUAAUCGAUUCUCAAAAGAAUGUUCGUGACAUGGCACGCGAUGACGAAGAGAGGAACGUCGGUGAUUUUCUCGCAAUUUUUCAACGUGCAUCGUGGGUACUGUUAGCAGAAAGAGAAAAAAAAAAUAUAGGCAAAGGCGUGGAGCUUCAAAUUCAUUUUCUUCAUUAAUUACGAAACCGUGCUGACGACGUUUUUCAAACAUUCUACGAAUACCGCAUGUUUCCCAUCUCUCCGUUUUCGAAUUAUUUUCGAUUCUACUUCACUCAGUCUCUUUUUCUCUUUUUCUACUUUGCGUGGAUAUUAUUUUACGAGAACGGAAAUGGAAGAUGUUAUGAAAGAGCGAUGAAUAUAUAGGAUAAAUAUACAUAUUUUAAUGAUAAUCAGCGGUAAACUUCGUAUAUUUGUUUUUCUUUUAAGGCAAAGUUUAAGUAAAUAGACAAAUGUGUGAAUAUUUAUCGAUCAUAAUUAAUUCCUUUAAGUAUGUUAAUCAUUUUUUUUUCUGUCUGCUUCCUUUUUUUUCAUUUUCAUUCGAAGAAGGAAAAUAGAAUUGAUUUGAAAAUCCUUAAUAAUUAUUCUUUAGUCAAGGAACGGAAACAAUGUCGUAAUUCGCAUCAGCGAUCGAUUUUUUUAAUCCUUUUCCAAUCCUAUCCAUUUCUCGCGCUUCAUCCUUUCAUGAAUAGUAAUGCGCUCGAUAAUGAAUAAAUCCGAGAAACAAAAUGUGUUGCGCGUGGGUGUCGAUGCGAGAAAUAAAUAACGAUCUUCUACGGUGGGCUGUAUAGGGCAAAGAAAAAUAGAAAAAAGAAGGAAGCAAAACAAGUAAAAUUCAUUCAAGGUUCGUUUAGGCGAAUGGUGUCAAUGAACGAACGGGGAUGCGUCGAAUCCAAAUCCAUUUGAGAUUCUCUCGUAAGCUAAGUUUUAAGCUUACGACUGGUAGAAGAGAGGAGAGAUUUCGUUUCGUAGUAUUCACGUUUCAAUUAGAGAUUCCGAUGCUUGAGUAUAUUUCAGUCAUUUUAACGUACCUUUACAUCUUCUCGAAUUCGUCAGGAGUACGAGCCUUUUUUUUUUUCUCAAUGGACGCAUUACAAUGAAAUUGUUGGAAAUUUGAAACACAUACAAUGAGAAAUGGAUGAUGAAAAAAAAAUCGAACACUCGUUAUUUCUCUAUCAUCAAAUUCUCGUUAAUUCUCGUUGAGACAAAGGUGAUCUAUACGAUUCGAAAAAAAUAGAAAAAGGAAAAGAGAAGAUGGAGUGGGUGAAAAGAAAAGGGCGAUAUGCGUGGUUGAAGGGAAGGGAAGUCAAAGAAGUGGAGUAGGAAGGGAAAAGAUAAGGGUGAGAAAAUCAGAACAGAAUAGAGCAGAGCAGGGCAGAACAGAGCAGAGCAGAGCAGGGCAGAACAGAGCAGAGCAGAGCAGAGCAGAGCAGAUCUGAGCAGAGCAGAGCAGAAUAGAGUAGAGUAGUAUAGAGAACAGAAGAGAAGGGGAGCGGAAAGAGUCAGGGGUGUCGCGGGGGGUGCCGAUGUAUCCGAGGGGGAAGCUUAAGCAUAGGGAUGCUGUGGGCAGAGAGCUGUUUCAGUCGCGCGACGGCUCUCGCCCCGGCCAGUCGAUCGAGCUCUUGCACAAAAGGGAGAGAGAUACACGUUUCUCUCUCUUUCUCUCUCUCUCUUUCUCUCUUUUUCUCUCUCAUUCUUUUUCUUUUCGUCCUGUUUACUUCUUUCUUCUCCAAUAAAUUUUUCCUCGAAAAAUAGUUAAUUAUAUCGUGAGAUGAAAAAUCAUUCUUUUAUCAUUAAUGAACAUUUUUUUCGAGACUAAUCAUGUCGAACAAAAAAUGGUGUAUCUCGGUGUACGAUUAUACUUUAACGCGGGACGGCUAAUAUUUGGAGGAUAGAUCGGGAGAGGAAAGAGAAAAAUCCUCCAACCACCUGUGUUUCCAGGACAAACGCGCCAAGGAUGUCGCUCGUGUUGGCUUCGAUGUAGUUUACCUAUAUCUCUUCCUGGAUUAAAGGAUACGCGGAUUAAGGAUUUUCAC